AUGUGGCCACCUGCACGGUUACAGUUGGGACCUCGUCAUGGGGUUGAGAAGGCGGUGAUGCGUCCAGCAGUCGGCACCACACAUCGCCUUAGUCACGAGCACGUCAUGCUGGUAACGCCUCUGAACCAGGACGUAGUCGAGGAGAUUCCAUCGACGCGAGUGAGGGUGCAUCCACGAUACCUUCUCCUGCAGUGGAACUCGAAAGAUGUUGGCCAGGAGUCGACUGUGUUCUGCGCAGGCCUGCAGAAGAAGAGAGCCAUUACUGUUGCAGCUACCGAUGCCAUGGCGACCGAGCACUCCCUCCUAGACAGCAUGGUCCGUGGACGAGCGGGCGCUGAAGUCACCAAGGACGACCAGUUUAUCCGCCCUCGGCACAUUUGCUAG